AUGGGCGGCGGGGCGCUUCCGGCCUCCCUCCUCCUCCUCCUCCUCCUCCCCCCUUUGCUGCCGGGGGGCCGCGCGGAGAAGCUGGAAGAUGGAUGUGGACCUAUGAUCCUUCAUCAGGACAGUGGAACUCUGGCAUCCAAGAAUUAUCCUGGGACUUAUCCCAACCACACUGUUUGUGAAAGGAAAAUUCAGGUGCCUCGGGGGAAACGGCUGGUCAUUAAAAUUGGAGACUUGGAUAUUGAAUCCCAGAGAUGUGACUCUAACUAUCUUAUCAUCCAAAGUUCUACAACAGUACAUGGACCAUACUGUGGCAAUAUGCCUGCCCCUGAAGAAAUUAUCUUGGAUUCCAAUGCAGCAACUAUUCACUUUGAAAGCCGGUCCCAUGUGUCUGGACGGGGCUUUCUGUUGUCCUUUGCUAGUAGUGAUCAUACAGAUCUAAUCACAUGUCUGGAGAGAGCAAACCACCAUGCGGAGACUGAAUACAGCAGGUACUGUCCAGCUGGUUGCAGACAGAUAGCAGGUGAUAUUUCUGGGAAUAUAGUGGAAGGAUACAGAGACACCUCCUUGCUCUGCAAAUCUGCCAUCCAUGCUGGAGUGAUUGCGGAUGAGUUGGGUGGCCAGAUAAGUGUGAUUCAACAGAAAGGAGCGAGUCGGUAUCAAGGAAUUCUGGCCAAUGGAAUCCUGUCACAGGAUGGCUCUCUGUCAGAGAAGCGAUUCAUUUUUACCUCAAAUGGUUGCAAUAAAUCGCUGAACUUAGAAGGAGGAGGGGCUUCCAACAGCCUAAUUACUGCAUCGUCAUCCUGGGAUGAAACCAACGAAAUUGGGGAGUUGGUUCGGUGGUCUCCAGAUAAGGCUUGGCUCAAACUUCAAGGGCCAUCCUGGGCAGCAAACCAGAGCAACCACCGACAGUGGCUGGAAAUUGACCUGGGAGAGAGGAAAAGAAUAACAGGUAUUAGAACUACAGGUUCUACGAUGCUUAAUUUUAACUUCUACGUUAAGACGUUUGUUGUGAACUAUAAAAAUAACUCAAAAUGGAGGACUUACAAAGGAAUUCUAAGCAGUGAAGAAAAGGUAUUCGAAGCCAACUCUAAUCAUAGAGACAUCGUCAGGAAUAAUUUCUUUCCUCCUAUAGUGGCCCGGUAUGUGAGGAUCGUUCCACAGAGCUGGCACAAAAAAAUAGCUCUUAAGGUGGAAUUGAUUGGUUGCCGCAUAACACAAGGAUGGAAACUUGCUGCCAUCAUAGUUCCAGUACUGGUGGUGCUUUUCCUGUUCCUGAUAUCUGGAGUCUGUAUCUGUGCUGCUAUACAAAAGAGAGAAAAAGGAGUUAAUUAUUGCUCAUGUGACACCAGGAAAAAAGGUUGGUGGAAACAAAUCAAACAACCCUUUGUCAGACAUCAGUCUACUGAAUUCACCAUCAGUUAUAAUAAUGAGAAGGAUACGCCACAAAAGCUAGAUCUGGUCACGAGAGACUUGGCAGAUUACCAACAGCCUCUCAUGAUAGGAACUGGGACAGUAACCCGGAAGGGAUCCACUUUCAAACCAAUGGACACAGAGGAUGAGAAGAAAGGUAGCACAGACAUUGGGAACUAUUACCUCUACCCACAUAGAACUAACCGCCAUGAUUAUGCAUUGCCUCUGACAAAUCAGGAGCCUGAAUACGCUACUCCUAUUAUAGAGCGGCACAUUGGAAGAGAGAAUGCUUUGCCUUCUGAAACCUGCUACAACAUUCCUGCUGUUCCUUCUGCUCAAAAACAUUCUCUUACUGCAGGCAGUUUCUCUGCCUCAUGCACGGCUGAUGCUGGGAAUAGAGAUUACCAAAUGCCACAAAGUCAAAAGGAUUAUGAUAAGCCAAAAAUCAAUAAUACUUUAACCACAAUAGACUAUGAUACUAGCUAUCAAAACCCCCAAGCUAGUUCCUUGGCAAGUGAGGGCUAUUCAACACCCAGAUACUGCUUAACACCAGUAAAUCAAACUGCAGUGACAGCUCUCCUGUAAUCUACAAUCCAAGGAGAGAGUUUGUGUCCCUGUAGUCUGGACUCUGAAAUGGACAACUUACAGUGAUGCAUAUGUUGCUUUUGUACAAGAAUAUUGAGGUGAAGGUGAGUGUGCUGUUCAUGCCAGCUUUCACCAUCAAAAGCCUUUGCAGUGAUAUUGGUGCUCUGUUCUAAUAUGUGCAAUUACUACAUACUUUUUUAAUUUAAGAAAAAUAACUUAAAGACUUUUACAACCUGUUUUUA